AUUCGUUUCCACAGAUUAAACCGGAUUUGAUAAACCAAAUGAUACGUCCGGAACUUUGGUAGUAGUAAUUCGAGGAUAGCUUCAUUCAUGCCGGUUCUCGGUCAAGCAAAAGCGCCACCAUACCAAUUCCGAAGAAGAGAGAGAAAAUCUGCCGCCGCCGUCGAGUUUCUCUCUCUAAACCCGCAGAUAUUCAUCUAAUCCUUAUAUUUCAGGUUUGCUGAUUUUUUCCUCACUUGCAAUAUGAUUCAGAUCAAUUAUUAAUUGGAUAUUUCAACUGCUGCGGAGUAACUUCUUGCAGUUGUGUGUAUCUACGGAAGGGUAUAAAGAUGGAUUUGGUUGCUAGUUGCAAGGAUAAAUUGGCAUAUUUUCGGAUAAAGGAGCUCAAAGAUGUGCUGACUCAACUUGGUCUUUCAAAGCAAGGGAAGAAGCAGGACCUUGUUGAUCGCAUAUUAGCUACACUUUCUGAUGAAAGAGUUUCAGGAAUGUGGCCAAAGAAAAACAGUGUUGGGAAGGAAGAUGUUGCAAAGCUUGUUGAUGACAUUUACAGAAAAAUGCAGGUGGGUGGGGCCACUGAGCUAGCAUCGAAGUCACAAGUCGUCUCGGAUAGUAGUAAUGUGAAGUUAAAAGAGGAAAUUGAAGACUCUUCUUACCAUAUGAAAAUUCGCUGUGUGUGCGCAAGCUCGUUACAAACUGAAACAAUGAUUCAGUGUGAAGACAGAAGAUGUCACACUUGGCAACAUGUGCGUUGUGUUAUCAUACCAGAUAAGCCGAUGGAGGGUGGUGAUCCACCAAUUCCACCUACAACUUUUUACUGUGAAUUGUGCAGAUUGGGUCGCGCUGACCCCUUCUGGGUGACAAUGGGACACCCUUUAUACCCUUCAAAAUUGUCUAUUACAAGCGUUCCUGCCGAUGGCACGAACCCUGUGCAGAGUAUUGAGAAAACAUUUCAGAUAACCAGAGCAGACAGAGACUUGUUGGCAAAACAGGAAUAUGAUCUCCAGGCUUGGUGCAUGCUUCUCAAUGACAAGGUACAAUUUAGGAUGCAGUGGCCUCAAUAUGCAGAUUUGCAGGUGAAUGGGGUUCCUGUGCGUGCGAUAAAUAGACCUGGCUCUCAAUUGUUGGGUGCUAAUGGUCGAGAUGACGGCCCUAUAAUCACACCAUGCACCAGAGAUGGAAUCAACAAAAUCACAUUAACAGGAUGCGAUGCUCGUGUCUUUUGCUUGGGGGUUAGACUUGUGAAGCGGCGUACUGUUCAACAGGUUCUUAGUUUGAUCCCAAAGGAGUCAGAUGGUGAGCAGUUUGAAGAUGCUCUUACUCGCGUUCGUCGUUGUGUUAGUGGUGGGACGGCCACUGAAAAUGCCGAUAGUGAUAGUGAUCUGGAAGUGGUUGCUGAUUGUAUUCCUGUCAAUCUUCGCUGCCCUAUGAGCGGUUCAAGGAUGAAAGUUGCUGGAAGAUUCAAACCUUGUAUACACAUGGGCUGCUUUGAUCUUGAAGUCUUUGUUGAAAUGAAUAAAAGGUCAAGGAAGUGGCAAUGCCCCAUCUGUCUCAAGAACUACGCUUUGGAGCAUGUCAUCAUAGAUCCAUAUUUCAAUCGAAUCACUUCUCAGCUGCGAAGUUGUGGAGAAGAUGUUGCAGAAAUUGAAGUGAAACCUGAUGGUUCUUGGCGUGCAAAGAUAGAAGGUGAUCGACGGAGUCUUGGGGAUCUUGGGCGCUGGCACUUACCUGAUGGGAGCCUGAGUGAAUCUCUAGAUAUAGAGUCGAAACCUAAGCCCGAAAUUCUUAAGCAGAUUAAACAGGAAGGAGGCUCUGAUGGCAAUGGUCUUAAAGUUGGAUUGAGGAAGAACAGAAAUGGUUUGUGGGAAAUCAGCAAACCGGAAGACCAGACAUUUUCAUCCGGAAGUAGAUUGAGAGGCAAUUUUGGUCAGGAUAUCAUUCCUAUGAGCAGCGGUGCCACCGGUAGUGGCAAAGAAGGUGAAGAUGCCAGCGUUAAUCAAGAUGGCAAUGGGAACCUUGACUUUUCGAACAAUGCGUUUGAUCUUGAGGCCAUUUCUCUUAUUGACCCAACGUAUGGUUUUGGCAACGAAAAUCCGUCGGUACCAGCAGGAGAUGCUGAAGUUAUAGUACUAAGUGAUUCUGAAGAAGAAAAUGAGCCAAUUAUCUCAUCUGGGCCUAUCUUUAAUAACAACCAUAGUGAUGCACCUGUAGUUCCUUUUCCAGGUCAGUCACAAGGAAUUCCGGAUUCUUUUCAUGACUCUACGCUGGUUAACGGUGGGAAUUCAUGCCUGGGGCUGUUCAAUUCUAAUGAUGAUGAAUUUGGGAUGAACAUGUGGUCUUUGCCUUCUGGAACCCAAGGGGGCCCUGGUUUUCAGUUAUUUAGUUCUGAUGCUGAUGUUUCAGGAUCUUUAGUAGAUGUGCAGCAUGGUUCUAUUAACUGUCCCAGUUCUUUCGCGGGCUACGGGUUGGCUGCAGAUACCGCCAUCGGAUCUACUUCUCUUCUUCCUGAAACAUAUGCAAAUCGCCCCAAUGCUAAUAUAAAUGACAGUUUAGUUGAUAAUCCCCUAGCAUUUAGCGGUAAUGAUCCCUCACUUCAGAUAUUUCUUCCUACUAGACCAUCUGAUACGUCAGUUGAGGCUACGAGGGAUCAGCCUGAUAUUUCAAAUGGCGUUGGUACUGAGGAUUGGAUAUCACUUCGACUUGGUGGCGAUGGAGGUGUCCAUGGUGAUUCUGUUGCAAAUGGGUUAAGCUCUGGGCAGCAAGUACAAACAAAAGACACUGCCUUGGACUCAUUGGCUGACACUGGUAGUGAUGCUACUGUUUGUGCAGCUUCAUUGCUUCUUGGUAUGAAUGACAGCAGACCAACUAAGAGCAGUAGAGAACGAUCAGAUAGUCCUUUUACAUUUCCUCGUCAACGUCGUUCUGUAAGACCAAGACUGUAUCUAAGUAUUGAUUCGGAUUCUGAAUAGGAGCAGAUUCCAUGGUGGCAGGACAAUGAUCACUUUUGCUCAGCAAAUUAUGUUAAUGUGACAAGAUGAGCUCUUGCUAGUGCGCACACAUCGAUCAACAGGAAACCGCUCUUACAUCACUGCUGGCACCUAGGAGUUCUCUUAUUUGUAGGACCGGAACACAUUCUUUUCUCUUCCAUUUCCUGAAUGAUUCCCCGGGGGGGUUGAUCGCUAGUGAAUUGUACAUUUGGACAGCUUAGCUCAGUACAAAAAGUUCUAGUAACAUCCACUGGUAAAUCAACUUUGGAUAUAGAGUGGGAGGCAUUUUAGUGAUUCAAAAUCUCCUUUUGCCUUGUGGGAGGCCAAUAGCCUGUAAAUAUGUUUAACUAAUUUGUAGAAAGUAUAAUGUAUGUGAAUGUGUUAAUCGUUCUAGCUCAA